AUGGUCGCUAAGAAGAACCAUCAGCGUCCCCCCUUCCGGGCUGAGCACCUUGGCUCGCUCCUCCGACCACAAAGUCUGGUGGACAAGCGUAUCGCUCUGGACGGCGAGAAGGCUGUAGUCAUCGCCAAUGACAAAGAGCUUCACAGCAUUGAAGACGAGGCUAUCAACGACAUCGUGAAGGUCCAGCUAGACUUGGGGUUCCACGCUGUGAAUGACGGCGAGUACCGUCGUCACCAGUUCUGGGGCACAUUCUUCCCUGCUCUUGAGGGAAUGGAGGAAAUUGAGAACCCACCCCUGGAAAUAUUCCGGCUUUAUGUUCCUGACUUAGCUGCCUUCACCGAGGCUGGUCACAAACCUGGCGAGUCUGUGAUUUGUACGGGCAAGAUUAAGCAUGUCGGCAGCACUUAUGUCGACCAGUGGAAUUACUUGAAGAAGCGCCUCCCAGCCGAGUACGUCAAAGAGGCGAAGCUGACCCUGCCGGCACCUGAGUGGUAUCACCUUCGCUACCAGCCCGGCAAGGCAUAUCCGAAAGAGGUAUACGCCAAUGACGAAGAAUAUUUCGCCGAUAUUGCAAAGGCGUACAGAGCCGAGCUGCAGGUCCUGUACGAUGCUGGCUGCCGCAAUGUCACCAUCGACGACCCCAAUUUGGCCUACUUUUGCUCGGAGAAAAUGCUUCAAGGCUUCAAGGACGCUGGAGAGGACUCAGAGGCCCUGCUAGAUAGCUACAUCAAGCUUUACAACGAUUGCAUCUCGCAGCGUCCCGACGACCUUCACUUGGGUAUCCACCUCUGCCGCGGCAACUUCGCCUACAGUCGACACUUCAGUGAGGGCGGCUAUGACCGGAUCGCUUCUAAGCUCUUCAACGAGAUCGAGGCCGAUACUUAUUUCCUCGAGUAUGAUACCGAUCGCGCCGGCGGCUUCGAACCUCUAAAGGAGCUACCGCCGUACAAGAACGUGAUCCUGGGCGUGAUCACUAGCAAGUUCCCCGAGCUGGAAGACUUGGAAAAGCUCAAGGACAGGGUAUACCAGGCAGCAGAUUUUGUGGCAAAGGGCGCGGGCCAGAGCCGCGAGGAUGCGCUGAAGCGGAUCGGGGUGAGCCCUCAGUGUGGAUUUGCGAGUCAUCACCUAGGGAACAGCGUCACUCGGGAAGACAUGAUUAAUAAGCUCAAGCUGGUGAGGAAGUUGGCGGAUACCAUCUGGCCGAAUGAACCAUAA